CUUAAGUGACUUGCCCCACGACGAUACCAACUAUAUAUCAUUUCACGCCUUCUGUACUUACUACAACUAUUUUCUUGAAAAUUCCCGUGAAAUAUACUGGAGUUGGUUGCUAUUUCAUGUAGGAUUUAAUACUGCUAUUUGAAACCAAUCGGCAACAUGCCGGCACGUGCAGCGUCACCAACGCCAUCGGAAAACGAGGUUGAUAUUUCAGCUUCCUUAUUCACGAGCGGCAGAGUAUCGACCAAGAAGAGUAAAAAUAAUGAUAAGCAAGAUGAUGACCUCGGGUUUGACUUCCUGGACGACGGAGACGAUGAUGGCGACGAAGCUUUCAUUGCCCUUAAGCAGGCGGCUUCGUUUCGAAAAACUGGCAACUUGAAGGGAAAGUCUGUCAAGAAAGGUGGUGGCUUUCAAGCUAUGGGACUUAACGCAAAUUUACUAAGAGCCAUCACGAGAAAGGGGUUUGCUGUUCCGACUCCCAUUCAACGCAAAGCUAUACCCUUGGUUAUGGAGAGAAGGGAUGUUGUGGGCAUGGCAAGAACAGGUUCUGGAAAGACUGCUGCAUUCGUCAUACCCAUGAUAGAGCGUUUGAGAGCUCAUAGCGCUACUGUUGGUGCAAGGGCACUCAUCCUCUCCCCUUCUCGCGAACUUGCUAUCCAAACCUUGAAAGUCGUAAAGGAGUUCGGCCGUGGUACAGAUCUGAAGUGCGUUCUCCUUGUUGGUGGUGAUAGUCUAGAGGACCAGUUCAACUCCAUGACUUCGAAUCCUGAUAUAGUCAUUGCCACCCCUGGACGAUUCCUACAUCUGAAAGUCGAAAUGUCUCUCGACUUAUCCUCAAUCCAGUAUGCUGUCUUUGACGAAGCAGACAGGCUUUUUGAGAUGGGGUUUGCAGCUCAAUUAACCGAGAUCUUACACGCCUUACCCUUAUCAAGGCAGACUUUGCUCUUUUCGGCUACUUUGCCAGCUUCGUUGGUAGAAUUUGCGCGCGCCGGCUUACAGGAGCCAAGUCUCGUCCGAUUAGAUGCUGAGACAAAAAUUUCCCCCGACCUUCAAUCAGCUUUCUUCAGUGUCAAGGGUGCCGAAAAAGAAGGCGCGCUUCUCCAUAUCCUACACGACAUCAUACAAAUGCCCAUGGGAUUGCCAGCAGGCGUCGAACCAGACUCAGACAAGCCAUCCAAGAAGAGAAAGCGAGGGCCAGACGCCCCUCGAGGAAGGGAGAAGCCAACCGAACACUCCACCAUUAUAUUCACAGCCACAAAGCAUCACGUUGAAUAUUUACAAACUCUUCUCCGUGAAUCAGGCUUCGCUGUAUCUUAUGUCUAUGGAUCCUUGGAUCAAACAGCUCGAAAGGAACAAGUCGAAAGCUUCAGGCACGGACGUACCAAUAUCCUAGUGGUUACAGACGUUGCUGCUCGAGGUAUCGAUAUUCCUAUUCUUGCCAACGUUAUCAACUACGACUUCCCCCCGCAACCUAAGAUUUUUGUCCACCGAGUUGGUCGAACGGCUCGAGCAGGACAGCGGGGUUGGAGUUAUAGUUUGGUGAGAGAUACAGAUGCACCGUACUUGCUGGACCUACAACUGUUUUUAGGCAAGAAGCUCGUUCUAGGGAAGGAAGGUAAAGAUGCUACAAACUUCACUCAAGAUAUUUCCGUCGGUGCUCCGGUACGGAGCAAAGUGGAAAGUAACGUGGAAUGGCUGACUAAGGUCUUGGGUGAGAGCGAGGAUAUCAACGCACUACGCAAAGUAGCUGGCAAAGCGGAAAAGCUAUAUCUACGAACGCGUAACUCGGCUUCCAGCCAAAGUGCGCGGCGGGCGAGAGAAAUUGUCGCGUCAAAGGGCUGGAUGCAACUGCACCCGGUUUUUGGCAAUCAGCUGGGGGAGGCCGAGGACGCGCGAGCGGAGAUGUUGGCCAAGAUUAGCGGUUUCAAGCCCCAGGAAACGAUCUUCGAAAUCGGCAGAACCGCCAAAGCAGGCCGGAACGAUGCAGCCGAACUCAUGAAAGCGGUUCGUGAACGCUUCGGGCCCCGUAGGUCGGCUAAGGAGAACAAAGAAGAAGAGGAAGAGUCUGACGAAGAUGUCGGGGUAGAUGACGUGGUUGGAUUCGAGGAUGAAGAUGAGGAGAUGGUUGAUGAGCCGGACCAAAAUGUCGCAUCCGACAGUGCAGAAGAAGAAGAUGACAAUAGUGAUCUCGAAGUCACCAUAUCCAACCACAAUGCCACUUCAACAAAAUCUAAAAACGCGGGCUCCUUCCAAGACUCCGAUGUCUUUAUGUCAUACACCCCACGCACCAUUAACGCAGCCGAAGAGCGCGGAUAUGGCGUGCACUCGGGGUCCAACGCCCUCCAUAACGGCGGCGGCAACUUCGUCGAGGCCGCGCGCGACGUAACCAUGGACCUGACCAACGACGAAGGCGCCAAGAACUUCGGCGCCCCAGCCCGCUCACGCAUGCGCUGGGACAAGAAAUCCGGCAAGUACGUCUCCCGCGACAACGACGAGGACGGCUCCCGCAGCACCACCCUAGGCAGCGCAGGCAAGCGCAUGAUCCGCGGCGAAAGCGGCGUCAAGAUAGCCGCCUCCUUCCAGAGCGGCCGCUUCGACAAGUGGCGCCGCGCCCAACGUCUAGGCAAGCUCCCCCGCGUCGGCGAAUUCGAAAAGAGAGGUUUCAACGGCGGGGCAGGUGCACCCGGAGAAGGCGUCCGGUACAGACACAAGCAAGAGAAGGCGCCCAAGGAGGCUGACAAGUUCCGCGACGACUACCACGUGCGCAAGCAGCGCGUCGCCGACGCCCGCGAGAAGCGCGUCGGCCGCUUCAAGGACGGCGCUGGCAGCAGGAAGGAGAUUAAGAGUGCUGAGGACAUACGCAAGGCGAGGGUUGUUAAGGAGCAGAAGAGGGCGAAGAAUGCGAGGCCUGCGAGGAAGUAGAAGAAAGCAUGGGAUGGGAUGCUUGGUUUAAAUAGAAAGGUAGAAACGUGCUACAUGUGUCUAUACAUACCUACCUAACUUAGUACUUAAUGCAAGUUGUACAUACA